AUGGCGAAGAGUUUCGAAGAGUUUCGCCUUCAUUUUUUUGCUCUCAAACUGGAAGUACAUCGGUCUAUAAGGAUCCAACGGUCUCAAAGGAAGCAUGGUUGCACUGGCAAGGGAAUUGCUUAUCCUGAUAGUGAAUUGUUCAGCACUUACCUAAAAUUCCUUGGGAUCGAUGAAGAUUGGAAGUCAGUGGUGAAGUCUCGAUCGGUAGAAGACGAUGGUGAAAGAAAUGAUAAUAAAAGAAGAAAGAUUGAUGAUCUAUCAAUGGAUAAUGAAAAUAUAGCAAGUGUAUCGCUAGAGACAAAGAAUGAUAAUUAUCAUAAGAAACUCAAGUAUUCAUCAACCAGUCUUAUAAGUGACAAGGAAAACACAAAACAUGAUAAAAGCCUAGCCAAGGAGGGGCAAUUAUCAGACGAAGCGAUCCGCACCCUUAUUCAUAAAAUCCAAGAGUUACGAGAAGAGUCGAUCGCCUUUCGUACUCAACUUGCCGAAUUGAAAGAACAAUGUUCAAAAAUUUCAGUUGUUGAAAACGAGAUCCGGCUCAAAUUUUCAAAAAUCUCAGAUACUGUGGAACGAGUUGCUUCUCUGAAGAGAGAAUCACCACCUUGGUAA